UUUGAGAGACUCAAGAGAGACAAGAAAGCUCUAUCUAAUCUAUCAAGGAUUAGACGAAGAUUUCCGGAGUCAAGUCAGCCAAAGAAGCAUGGGAGAAGCUUAAAAUCUCUUACAAGGGAGCAGAUCAAGUAAAAAAGAACCGUAGGAACGUUCGUCCAGCUGUGAUCUUCCUUUUGGACCGAACAGAAUUUGGAUCGGAACUGACUAAGUGGAAGUUGUUGAGUGAACCUGAGUGUAGAACGCUGUUAGAGGUCGAACCAAAACCUUGCAAUUGGGAGUACACUACUAUCCAGAGAACGAAUGGCGCCUAGACUCCCUCCUCCACCUCAACCUACUGAACCAGAUGCAUCCAACAACGCUAGGUUGUUGGAGACGGUGAUCGAUCGUUUACAGCAACAAAACACGACACUGAUGCAACAAAAUCAGAGUGCCAUGCAGAGUUUGGAAGCUUCGCGUGCCAGUUCGGAAACAACUCAAAGGCAGCUAAUGGAGAUUCUAGCAGCAACCAGGCACACUGCGGGAGCGUCUUCUUCCAACGCUGCCCCGCCUACUGCUGAGUGGAGCUUGGAGAGUUUCCUCCAACACCAUCCGGCUAAGUUCAGUGGGAAAGGUCUUCCAGACGAAGCGGAUCAGUGGUUAAGGGAUAUAGAGAAGAUCUUCAAUGCCAAGAGAUGUCCAGAUGAGAAUAGAUUAGCGUACGCAGAAUAUUUGUUGACGGGAGAAGCGAGUCAUUGGUGGACGAGCGCGAGAGCUAUUCUAGCGGACGCGCAACAGCCGAUCACUUGGGAAGUGUUUAGAACUAAGUUUUAUGAAGAAUACUUUCCGGACAGCGUUCGGUUUGCGAAGGAGGUGGAAUUUCUACAACUGGUUCAAGGGGGUAUGUCUGUUUCCGAAUACACCAAUAAGUUCAAGCACCUCGUCAGAUUCAAUAUUAUGGCCACGAGUGAAGUGUGGCAGUGUAGAAAAUUUGAGAACGGAUUGCGGAGUGACCUGAAAGUACUGAUUUCCAGUUUGUGUAUCCGAACGUUCCCUGCUAUGGUUGAGAGAGCCAAAGUCUUGGAGAGGAACAUGGCAGAAGCGGAACGGCAAAAGAAGCAGCAGCAAGCGAGUAGGGGACCGAUAGUGUCCAGGGGAGGUACUGUCCAGAGGAGACCUCCUUACGCUCGUCCAAACCAGCCUUCUCAAACGAGCGGAUCUCAAGUAGUAAUCCCUGUCGGACAGUCUGGACAGGGAAGUGUAGUUUGCUACCGGUGUGGAGGACCACAUUAUAGGUCUUCAUGCCCUCAGUUGGUGGGAGUAAAGCACUGUAAUCGUUGUGGAAGAAACGGGCACUCGGAUCAUGAGUGCAAUAUGAGUGGGCGUGCGGUGAUGAGGCCACCCAAUGCUGGAAGAAAUCAGCCGAGAGGAGGACGAGCCCAAGCAAGUGGGCGAGUGUAUGCUAUAACGAGCGCUGAGGCAGCGAGCUCAAGUAAUCUUAUUAUUGGUGAAUGCAUGCUGUUUGGUAGAUCAUGCUGUGCUUUGUAUGAUUCGGGGGCAACGCACUCCUUCAUCUCGAAGGCGUGUGUUGAAAAGUUGGGAUUAGAAGUGAGCGAGAUGCAGUUUGACCUGGUGGUGUCUACCCCAGCAGCUGGUGAGGUUAGGACGUCCACUAUGUGCGUCAAGUGUCCUAUAGAAGUGGAGGGACGUAAGUUUAAGGUUAGCCUCAUCUGCUUACCUCUUCAAGGUUUGGAGGUGAUUUUAGGAAUGGAUUGGUUGGCUGCCAAUCGCAUUCUUAUUGAUUGUGGAGCGAAGGAAUUAAUUUUUCCUGGUGAAGAAGAAGAAGUUCUUUCAGUGAAGCUCGGUCAGCUGAAAGAAGACAUUAUGGAAGGCGCCAGCUGUUUCCUGAUUAUGACUCACGAGGAUCAGGAAUCUAGAGGAGUGGUAGAAGAACGAUCGUCCAUUAGAGGCGGUAUGGGACGAUCGGUUGUGGUUGAGUUCGCGGACGUUUUUCCGGAAGAGAUCCCUGGACUUCCCCCUCAGCGUGAAGUGGAGUUCACCAUUGAUUUGGUGACGACAGCGGCUCCUAUCUCGGUUCAGCCAUAUCGAAUGUCGCCUGCGGAGUUAGCUGAACUCAAGGAGCAGAUUGAAGAGUUGAUAGAGAAGAAAUUCAUUAGGCCGAGCGUAUCACCUUGGGGAGCGCCCGUGUUGUUAGUAAGGAAGAAGGAUGGCAGCUCUCGGUUAUGUAUAGACUACAGGCAAUUAAAUAAGCUGACCAUCAAGAACAAGUACCAUUUGCCAAGGAUAGAUGACUUGCUGGAUCAAUUACAUGGGGCUGCGGUGUUCUCGAAGAUUGAUUUGAGAUCCGGAUAUCAUCAAAUCAGGGUUAAGGAAGACGACAUCCAGAAGACGGCAUUCAGGUCUCGUUAUGGACAUUAUGAAUAUGUGGUAAUGCCUUUUGGAGUAACGAACGCUCCAGCCGUGUUCAUGGAGUAUAUGAACCGCAUAUUCAGGCCUUAUUUGGAUAAGUUUGUGGUCGUCUUCAUAGAUGAUAUUCUCAUCUAUUCCAAGACCGAAGACGAGCAUGAAGAGCACCUUAGACUUGUACUUGGAGUGUUGCGGGAGAAGGAGUUAUAUGCCAAGUUGUCUAAGUGUGAAUUCUGGAUGAAGGAAAUUCAGUUUUUGGGUCAUGUAGUGUCAGCUGGAGGCAUCUCGGUAGAUCCAGCGAAAGUGCGAGCGGUACUGGAAUGGGAGAGUCCGCGUUCGGUCACUGAGGUACGUAGUUUUGUUGGACUGGCGGGCUACUACAGACGUUUCAUUGAAGGUUUUGCUAAGAUAGUGGCACCGCUAACUCAGUUGACCCGUAAAGAUCAGUCGUUCGCUUGGACCGAUCGUUGUGAGGCCAGUUUCCAGGAGUUGAAGGUGAAAUUGACGAGCGCUCCAGUGUUAGUUAUUCCAGACACGUCUAAACCGUUUGAGGUUUAUUGCGACGCUUCUCAUCAAGGUCUGGGUUGUGUUUUGAUGCAAGAGAAGCGAGCGGUAGCUUAUGCGUCUCGUUAGUUGAGGAUUCACGAGAGGAAUUACCCAACGCACGACCUGGAGUUGGCAGCGGUCGU